GUUUGAGUGUAGCCUUAAAGCAUCAUGGCGUCUAGCUGGACCUAGUCUGCCUCUGACGGUUUUUCUUGUAGACUAAUUGAAUGCUGAUGACUAACGUUAGGCCGGAGCCAAAUGGUGAACCUUGGGGCAUAGUUUUUGUUUAUCCCUAUCUUGGAAAGGCGAUAACCAGUGGAGCAGCUUGCCUGGAGUAGGCUUAGGUCAAUUCAUUCUUCGAGGCUCUGGAGGAGAGACUGGCAUGGAGGGGAUCGAGAGGAAUCUGCAGAGAAUCUUACGAGGGGAAGCUGCACAAGAAUCCCAGGAGUUCUGUGAUUUCACCCUCCGUGAGCAGAAUGAAGCCACAGCUGCAAAGGGGAUCAUCACACCAAGUGCUCCAUCAGAAUUCCAUCCAGUGUUGAAGAAGAAUGUGUGCUACAUCGUCAUGGCAGUCCUGAUAAAUGAUUCUGGGGAAGUCCUCAUGAUGCAAGAAGCCAAGAGUUCCUGUGCUGGGCAAUGGUACCUCCCUGCUGGCAGAAUGGAACCUCAGGAAUCUAUCCAGGUUGCUGCAAAGAGAGAAGUGAAGGAAGAAACAGGGCUGGAUUUUGAACCCACAACUCUCCUCAUGGUUGAAAGUGCUGGAGGAGCUUGGUUUCGCUUCAUUCUUACUGGUGAAAUUCUUGGAGGAAAGCUGAAGACACCAGCAGAUGCCAACUCAGAAUCCCUUCAGGCAAAAUGGGUGAAGGAAUUGAGUGAACUGAGCCUACGUGCUGGAGAUAUACUGCCAGUAAUUGAGAAAGCUCGGGAAUGGCAUACUCAUGCUUCCAUUGGUAGUCAGAAGGUCAAUUGGCACCCUUGUCUCCUCCCAACACCCAAGAGCCAUUCACGACUCCUCCUUCGCAUUGCCUGCCUUGUCCGCAAAAAAUCCACAAAUCGAGUCCAUUUGCUGGUAUCUGAGAAGACUGAAGCUCAUAUUCCCACUUGUGAGAUCAAUCCAAUCCGCAGUAUCCAUUCCACUCUCAAAAAAUACAUGACUGAGAUAUUUGGAGCAGAUUUGCCACCACACCGUCCUCAUGGGAUUCUGUCAGUGGAGUAUGAUGGGAGAGAUGUUGAUAGGGGAGAUGGGCUGUGCCUCACUCUGUUGGUAUCCAUUCGUUGCCCACUAGAAAAUGCCCCCCUGAUUGACAAAUAUUCCUGGAUGGAACUCUCAGAGCAGACUGGUCUCUUGCUCCUAGGUCGUCUUGACAAGAACAUGUCUGUUCCGCUCAACGUCGUCCGUGGGAUCAUGGCAUGUGGUGAUGUGAUUGCCCAAGUAAUGGUAGAGAAGUGCCAUGCCAAAAAUAUCAAUUGGGGGCGUACUGAGCGGUUUGCAAUUCUUGGAACAUUCCUUGUUGUGCCUAUGAUCCGUACCUGGUAUCUCACCCUAGAUCGAUUCAUUGUCGGUGGCAGACAAGUGAGUAUAGCUCUACGCAAGAUGGUCUGUGAUCAAGGACUCUUUGCCCCCUUUUUCUUGGUGGUGUUCCUUGCCACAGUGGAGGUAUUGAAACCCACUAGGAUGACUUCCAAUCAUGAGUCUGCAUUAAGCUCUCAAUGGCUUGCAAUCAAGAGGAAACUGGAGGAAGAGUACUUUGACGUUAUCAAAGUGAACUGGCUUCUCUGGCCAUCAGUUCAACUAGGCAAUUUCUAUCUUGUUCCUCUCCAGUAUCGCAUCUUGGUUGUCCAGGUGGUUGCUCUUUUCUGGAACACUUAUCUUGCAUGGAAGGCCAACAACUAA